AUGUUGCCUUACUCAUCCUACAUCCUCAUAGCACUGGCUGCUUUGUUAGUGACUUGCCAGGCAGCGAGUAAAUGCCCAGGCAUUUCUGGGCUACCUGGAAGGAAUGGUCUGAAAGGUCUGCCUGAUUCUCUGGCCAGCAAACGCCACGAUGCUUUAGCAAACUUGAAACACCGACUUUUCCAACUUGAGGCUGUGCUUUCUUUGAAUGGGAAAAUAAGAAAAGUAGGAGAGAAAAUACUUGCUAGCAAUGGGAAGAAAGCUGACUUUGCAUCUGCACUACAAUCCUGUGAAGAGGUUGGAGGAACUCUUGCAGCUCCCAAGAAUGAGGAGGAGAAUAAAGCUGUUAUGGACAUUGUGAAAGAGCAUAACCAGUAUGCUUACUUGGGCAUUAGAAAGGGGGAGAUUUCAGGUCAGGUGAAGUAUAUAAAUGGCAUGCCUCUGAGUUACAGCAACUGGCACCAGCGUGAGCCUAAUGGCGACGGGAAAGAGAAAUGUGUGGAGAUGUACACUGAUGGCACCUGGAAUGACAAAAAAUGCAAUAUGUACCGUCUCACAAUCUGUGAAUUUUAA